GUGGCGCCGGGCCGGGCGAGUCCGCGAAGGGCCGCGGCCCGGCGGGCUCCGGAGAGGUUGGGAACCCUCUGGAAUAUUCCUCUCCGUUCUGUGAAAGUUCGUGGAUUCUGGUAACCAUGACGUUUGAUGAUGUAGCCUUGUACUUUUCGAAGCAAGAGUGGGAGAUCCUGGAGAAGUGGCAGAAGGAAAUGUACCAACAAAUGAUGAUGGCCAAUUAUGAGACUCUUGCUUCUCUAGGCUGCGUGUUUUCCAAGCCAGAUUUGAUCACUUGCAUGGAAGAAGGAAAAAUUCUGUUCAUCAGGCACCAGGGACAUUCAAAGGAAACAGGAAGGACACUCGGCCCCACUAUGUAUGAGCAGUUGGACUUGAGGAACACGCGAAAGUCACCUUGUUCAGGUGGCCUGGGAACUCUCAGGACAAAGGAAGAGGAACACCAUCUAAAUGGCCUCCAAGAGCAGGGCUCGUGUGCGACCUUAUCAGAGGAGGAGGGAAAGACUUUGUCCGACCAAAUAGCCGCGGGACCACAGGAGGACCUCGAGGCGGAGCAGGCACCCCUCUGCCAGAAGCAGCGGUACCAGUGCGGCAUGUGCGAGAAGAGCUUCUCCCGGAGGUCCACCAUGAUCGAGCACCAGGUGGUCCACACAGGGCAGCGGCCCUUCCGGUGCCCUGAGUGCGAGAGGACGUUCCGGUAUAAAGGCACGUGGAGGAGGCAUGUGCGUUUGCACAACAGAGAGACACCGUUUUCCUGCCAGGAGUGUGGCAAGGCCUUCCUCCAUGAGCACAGGCUCACUGAGCACCUCAGGGUGCACACAGGGGAGAGGCCUUUCCAGUGUCUAGAGUGUGGGCGGUGCUUUACCAGGAUGUCUUUCUUGAAGCUCCAUCAGAGGACGACACGGCACAAAAAGCCAUUGCCCUCUGGGGAGUGUGGCAAGGCCUCAACCUCGCCCUCUAAGGUGACUUGCCGUGGUCGGCAGAAGGAGCUGUCCUGUGAGCAGUGCAAGAAGACCUUCACAAAGAGAUCCUCCCUGGUGCAGCACCACAGGGUCCACACCAAGGAGAAGCCCUUCUCCUGCCCUGUGUGCGGCAGGAACUUCAGCCGGCGCACGCACGUCAACGUACACAUGAAGGUCCACAGCGGGGAGCAGCCCUUCCAGUGUCCUGAGUGUGACCGGCGCUUCCUGUGGGAGUCCUGCCUGAAGCUCCACCUGCGCAUGCACCGGGGCGAGCGGCCCUUUGCCUGCAGCGUGUGUGGCAAGACUUACACUCAGCGAUCUCAGGUCGCCGUGCACGCGCGAGUCCACAGUGCGGAGAAGCCCUUCCAGUGCCCCAAGUGUGAUAAAAGUUUCCGUUUCAGGAAAAAUCUGAGCAUCCACCUGCACCAGCACGAAAAGCCCUUCUCGUGCGUCAAGUGUGGCAAAGGCUUCAAUCAGCAGCACCGGCUCACAAAGCACAUCUGUUCUCACACUGGUGCGAAGCCAUUCCCGUGUCCUGAGUGUAACAUGGGCUUUUGCUCACGGGAAAGUUUGAAGGUCCACUUGUACACACACAGCGGAGAGAAGCCCCUCAGCAGCGCUAAGUACAGCAAAGUCUUGCCCCAGAAAAGAAGUUUGAAGACCCAUCUGUACCGCCCCAGCGUGGAGAGGCCUUUUUCCUGUGAUGAGUGUGGCAGGAGCUUCACAUACAUGGGCGCGCUCACCAUUCACACUGCAGCAGUGCACGCCCCAGGACGCAGCCCUCAGGCUAUAGCUCAGGCCACUCAGAGAGGAGGUGGGGACGGCUUUUAGGGGCUGCUGCACUCUGUUGGUUCCGGCUGAGGUGGGGGAGGGAUUCACACAACACUGACUGCAAGCACGGUGGCCAGAGGGCUAGCUGGCGGGGCCUGGUGGCUCCUUGACAGGUUCCAGAAAUGGCAAAAAGUAGCCAAGGAGGCAUCUCUCCCCUGCAAGCCUCAUGGGCAAGGCCUGCCAGUCAUGCUGUUCUGCUAUUUCAUCAGUUUUUUCAGUCACCCAAGAGUGUGGGCAUUGCUAUUAAGUCGUGACAUCGCCGAAGAGACACCCUAUAUGAAGUGCUUCUUCCCACAGUGCACCUCGUCAGCUUUCCAUUCCUAGCCCUCUUUGUGGGAAAUAUAUCUUGAUUUUCAGUUUUCUCUAAGUGAAUUUUCAUUUUUUCUCAAUGAUGAGAGUUCCUACAGUCUUCCAGGACUUUAUAUUGCUAAAAAUAAAUGUCUAAUGCCUCUUUUGUUAAAAAGAUGGCCCACAUAAUUGUCAUUGCCUUCUAAAUUAAAUUACCUAAAAAUCCAGAAUUGUAACAACUGAUGUUAUUUAUCUCAGUCUGCAUUUUCUCUAAGAAACAUACUCGCCCUAAUAUAAGGUCUCUAUGGUAAGUACCAAAGGAAAAGAUACCGUGAGUCUGUGGCAUUCUUCCACUUACUACUCUAUGGCCUUGUCCUUAACUUUAAGGCAAUUUUUCAGGCUGUUCUAACAGACCUUUGAGAUCAAGCCUAAAUGAUUAAAUUGAUCUCAGACCCUGAAGUACAAGAAUGAAAAAAUAUUUAGGGCCUCCCCGGGGGCGCAGUGGGUUGAGCUCCGUGCUGUGAAGUUGUCUGCAGCAUGGGUUCGAUUCCUGGCUGGCCAGGGGGAUUCCCACAUGGCCCGGCAGACCUCUCCUGUCUCGUCCGCUGCUCCCCUCAUUAGUGUCUUUGGUUCUUCUCCCUAUUCUGCUCCCUACUGUGUCUCUGGCGAAUUCUCACCCACGCCUCUGGCCUGUACCUCAGUUCUUGUAUAAAUAAAUAAAU